AUGAGACUGAUGAAAUAUUCAUUCCACGUUAAUCGUAUACCAGGAAAGGAGUUAGUCACUGCUGAUACUCUUUCAAGAGCACCAAUUAGAAAACCACCUACGAAAGUCGAUAAGCGGUUGACAGAAGAUUUGAGCUUGUAUGUGGCGAACAUUUUCGAAAGCCUACCAGCUAGCGAACGGAAACUUGAAGAAAUUCGACUUCAUCAACAAGAUGAUGGAGUGUGCAGAAAACUUUCAGAAUUUUGCACUGAAGGCUGGCCAGAUAGGACCAAGCUGAACACAACUCUUCUUGCUUAUUGGCAGAGAGAGGUAAUAUCACACUGCAAAGAGGUAUUCUGA